AUGGUUGUGUAUUCCGGUAAUCUGAUGGUAGUCGCUGCACUCAAUUACUUACCUGCUGGUGAUUCUCCAUCCACCAGUGUGACGGCAAAUGUGUUUGUUCAUUUUGCGAAUGAAAACAAUAAAGUGAUGUGCAGCAAAGAUAUGCCUGUGGGCAGACAGAUUAAAAAGUCUUCGAUUUCGCAAAUGGUAAUGAUACAAAUGUUAAAAAAUGGUAUGCAGCCUGUGCAGAAAAGUGCCGUUGACUUCUUCUUUUUACAAAUACUGGGCGAAGGUUGUUUUUCUACGGUGUAUCGUGCUCGUGAGGUAUCCAGUGGAAAGGAAUUUGCUCUAAAAGUGCUCAACAAAGACUUAAUUCGACGACAUGAUAAGGUUGUGUCGGUUAUGCGUGAGAAAGACGUAAUGACUUCGUUGACUUAUUUGCAUGGCGGACAUCCAUAUUUCGUAUCCUUGUAUUGUACUUUCCAGGAUCCCACUCGUCUUUACUUUGCUAUGACCUAUGCAAAAAAUGGUGAUUUGUUGACAUAUUUGCACCGCCUUGGUUCCUUUGAUGAAGAUGUGACUUUGUUUUAUUCGGCUGAACUUGUAUGCGCGAUCGACAUACUCCAUAAAUGUGGCAUUAUUCACAGGGAUUUGAAACCAGAAAAUAUUUUGCUUGGAGAAAAUUGGCACAUAAUGUUAUCUGAUUUUGGCACGGCGAAAUUUGUUGAUUCAGAAAAAGAUGAAACAGAUACGAAAAGUGCUCUUCAGGAAGAACACUAUCGUAGUCGAUCAACGUUCGUUGGCACUGCUCAGUAUCUUUCACCAGAAGUGCUGGUGGAUGGAGAAGUUGGCCCAUCAUGUGACUACUGGGCUUUGGGUGCAAUAAUUUUUCAAAUGGUUUCUGGAUUACCACCAUUUCGUGCUAUUAAUGAUUACCAUACUUUUCAAAAGAUUCAGAAGCUGGAUUACAAUUUCCCUGAAGGGUUCCCUGACCUUUCCAAAGAUCUCGUUCGAAAAUUCUUGGUGUCCGAUCCUAAUAAACGUCUUGGUUCUGAAGAGACAGGUGGUAGUGAAGCUGUUCGUUCGCAUCCAUAUUUUGCCACAGUUGAUUGGGACAAUUUGAUCACAAAAACGCCACCGCCUUUUAAGCCAUAUUUGCCCGCCAGUUGUGGAGAACCAGCUUUUCAUAGCGAUUACCAUUUUCCAGAUGAUAUAGAACCCGGUCUUGAUGAUGCAGCAGUAACUCGCUUGCUAGGACUUUCUCUAAAAGACUUCUGUUCCCCCAGUCAAAAUAAAGGUAAUUUGGAAACAGAAGAACCCGAGUUAGCUGGAUUGCGUGAAAAAAAACUCAACAUUCAGCGAAAAGAACAUAAAUACCAUCGUUUUGUGGAAGGCAAUUUGAUCAUUAAAAGUGGUUUAUUGGAUAAAAAAAAGGUUGGUUUUAACUGUACUGAAGUAAUUGCGUUAUCUUUGUCUUCUGGUAGGGGGAAAAGUGGGGGAUUGUUUGCUAGAAGAAGAAUGUUUUUACUGACUGAAGGACCACACAUAUUUUAUGUGGAUCCCAUAAGUAUGGAACUAAAAGGCAAAAUACCGUUCUGCCGGAAGUUGCGAGUUGAAGCAAAGAAUUUUCGAACUUUCUUCGUGCAUACACCAAGUCGUACUUAUUAUUUAUUUGAUCCGGAGCGAAAUGCACUGGAAUGGUGUAAAGCAAUAGAAGCUUUGCGUGAACAAUAUCUAAAUGAAUUACCAGAAGAAUCGGAUUGCUUAGAUACGAAAAACACUAAGCGACGAUGA